ACGGGCCUCCCUGGAAAGCUUAUCAGGUGGCUGGGGCUGCGCCGUGGGUGGUCGGGGCGCAGCAGAAGAGGAAAACAAGGCGCGUGGGUGUUGCGGUUAGGGAAGAAAGGAGCUUGAGAAAUCCGAGUUGAAACUCCACCGGGUCUUACGCAGCCGGGACACCAAGAAUGGCUUCUUUUGGGUGGAAGAGGAAGAUUGGUGAAAAGGUCUCAAAGGUCACUUCCCAGCAGUUUGAAGCUGAAGCUGCUGAUGAGAAAGAUGUGGUUGAGAAAGACGAAGGGAACUGGCUUCAUGCCAUUAAACGUAGGAGAGAGAUUCUCCUUGAAGGCUCUGCUGAGAAAAGUAAACAGCUGAAGGAUGAAGGAGCCAAUUUGGCUGAAAAUAAAAGAUACCGGGAGGCAAUUCAGAAGUGGGAUGAAGCCCUACAGUUGACCCCAAAUGAUGCUACCUUGUAUGAGAUGAAAUCCCAGGUCCUAAUGUCUCUUCAUGAAAUGUUCCCAGCAGUACAUGCAGCCGAAAUGGCUGUUCAGCGAAAUCCACAUUCCUGGGAGUCUUGGCAAACUUUGGGACGGGCUCAACUUGGAUUAGGAGAGAUAAUCCUGGCUAUUCGAAGUUUCCAGGUAGCUCUUCACAUCUAUCCAAUGAACCCUGAAAUAUGGAAAGAAGACCUGUCUUGGGCAAGAACACUCCAGGAACAGCAGAAAGUAGCGCAGAAGAUUAAAAAAAGGGAAGCACCACCUGAAGAAGCACCAAAGUCGAUUCCAGACUAUGACUUUGAAAGUGAUGAGAUUGUCGCUGUUUGUGCUGCUAUUGCUGAAAAACAGAAGGUGGUUUCAGCAAAUAAAACAAUGGUGAUUGUGUCGGCUUCUGGGACUGUGGAGACUGUAACUGAGAAGGAAGAUGGCGCCACACCACCAGAUGGCUCUGUUUUUAUCAAAGCCCGAUGAAGCAAUUUGCAUAAUGGAAGAAUUAUUUGAAUCUUUUUGAUUGCCACUUAAAGUUUAGAUGUAGGGGUAUUUACUCGGAGAUACAUGUAGAAGGCAGUUGAGGCAUACAGAAACUAAAUGGCAGAGUUGUUAUGUAGUGUUCGGACUAUGCCUUGAUAAGUUACGAUUGAUACUCCCUAAGGUUAGAGUUCUGAGUUAAAUCGCUUUUGAUUAAUGAACUUAAUGUAAUCUGAAUACAUAAAUGAAUACAUUUUAAAGACAACUUGAAAAGUAUAUUCUUAAAUAGUGAACAACUUGAUGGCCAAUGUUAUUAAAAUGGUGACUCAAAUUUUGUUUUAUGAUAAAGGAAGUAUGUGAUUUCUUUCCCUCCUAGAAAUAAUACUGUUACUAUUCAUUCUUUCAUUUUUCUUGCUUCAUUAGAGUAGGCCUGUCACAAAGCUUGAAUAUUUUUGACACUGAUUAUUUGAUUCAAAGUUGUCAUUUGGUUACAUGUGGAAUUUUUGAAAGUUUGGCUGGAAAUGCAUGCAAAUGUGUACAUUCUGAACAUUUCUCUUAAUUCUGAUUUGCAUUUCUAUUUUGAACUUAAAGUUAUAACAAUAGUAGUUUUCUCCCUCAAUAUUUUUAGAUGUGUGAAAUAUAUCAGAAUGGUGUUUUUGUUUUUUUUAAAUUGGUAUAGUGGGUAGAGUAGUCCUUAUCAAAAGUGAGUCAUUUUUAAAAUGUGCAUUUUUAAAAUGAAUGGCUUUUACAGAGAUUGUGACAGAUUUUACUGCUGUGUCAUCCCAGUCUCAAAACAGUAUUUUCCUUCAUUUUUAAGAACUUAAAUAAUCCUGAAGACAAAUUCUUGCUUGUAACUCUAAUAAUUUGAAUUACUUUUCUAGAUAACAUUUUUGGAAAUACUUAGUAAAAUGAAAAAUAAUUACAAAUUGGAAUAGCUAAAUCAUACCUUUCUAAAAAUAAAAAAUAAGGAUGUUAUUACAGUGUCAAUGAGUGAAUAACUUAAGCACAAAGUACAUAGAAACUGGAUUGUGAUUUAUAGUGCUAUCUCAUGUUUAUGAGAAGGCUAUGUUAAAGAUUGAAAAGCCACAAUCACAUUCAUAAAUCAAUACUGUGGUUGCAUGUGAAUUAUUAUUUUUAUAACUAUAUUAUAGUGCAGUUAUAAAGAACUAUUGAGUACUGUAAUUUCUGACACUCAGGAAGAUACUAUUGGUGGAAAAUUAAUUUUACCUUUGUUAGGGAUGCAAGUAGGCUACUUUAUGUUAAGGAGCUGUUGGAGCAUGUAAGUAAUGAGGAUGAUUUUUCAAAAUUUUGUUUUACUGGAAUGCAGAUAUAUCUUUCUUUUCAGAGUUGGAGAAGUCAGCACUUGCCUUGAAAAGUAUUAUAUUUUUACCCCAAGUUAUAUUGUUUAGAAAGCUCUGGUUAAAGAGGUCAGUUUCAGAGUGAUCUAAAAAAACAUUAUUUUAAUAAGGAGAAUUCUUAAAAGGUAGAUAGGUAUCUAGAGAAUAAAUAAUCAACAUUUAAUACGUUGUCUUGAGCAAUGGAUGGUUGUUUAUUGUAUAAUUUGUGAAUAAAUAGUUUUUU